UUUCGUAUUCUUUUGACGAGCAAACAAAUCCCAAAGAACCUUUUCCUUCCUCUAGAACAAAAACGAUAGCAAUCGAAUAUUCAUUCAUUUUCAUCCAAUUUGGCCAAUCCUUCAUAUAAAUACAACACGUAAACCACCACGACUCAACUCAAUUCAACAACCUACUUUCUCUCUCUUCAACAAUAAUGGCGCCACAAGUUGAUUUAGAAACGCUGGUUUCAGCCUGCGCCGGCGGCUCCACCGACCGGAAAAUCGCCUGCGAGCCUCUCACCGACGAACCUGAGCCGCCUCAUCAUAUAGACUCGCCGCCAGCAUCGUUCUGGCUCUCCGGCGAUGCGGAGUACGACUGGUGGGACCGCAACGCCGUCGUCUACGAGCGGAACGAAUCCACCAGGGGAAACUCCUCCAUCACUUCAACGAAUCCUGGAUCCAACUCCAACUCUCAGCGAUUCUCUAAGAAUUUGAAGCAUCAUCCUAAAGCCGCCAUCAUCGGCCUUCCUAAAUCUCAGAAAGCUUCCUUCAACGACGUCAGAAACCGCCGCAACCACCACCACCCGUGUAACGCGAGGCUGUUCCCGAAGCGGAGCGCGUCGGUUAGAAGCAAAUCCGACACCGUCGUGAUUGAGCCUCUGUCACCAAAAGUCUCCUGCAUAGGGAGAGUUAGGUCCAAGCGUGAUCGGAAUCGCCGGUUGAGGACACGUCAGCGAUCGAUCUCCUCCACCACAUCCGUCUCCGCCGCCGCAGCAACAACCUUCGUGAGGCAAAAAUCGAACCGGAGCCAGAAAAAGAAAUCCGGUUUUUUCGCGAGCGUUUGUGCUAUUUUCCGGUCUGGUGGGAGAGGGAAACCGGUUCAGAAACCUGAACCAUGUUCCGGGGAUUCGUUAACGAAGAAGAAGAGGAGCAAUAGCAGGAAAGCGCGGGGUGGAAGCACGGUGAGCCGGACCGACACGUCGUUUGAGGAGUCGGUUAGGACUGAACCGGCCGGUUUGGGUUCUAUGAACCGGUUCGCGUCUGGGAGGCGGUCUGAGUCGUGGGGAGUAGGUGAAUGUGAAAUCCAGUUGUCUCAUUAGAAUUCGGUGGCUGCGACGAGUGGGCCCUACUGAUAGGUAAUUUGGUGGGGCCAGUAUUUUGAAUAGUCGUUGGAGUGGUGACGUGGCGCGUUGAAUAACGGUUUGUAACUAUUCCUCACUAGUGUUAGGUAGAAGAUACAUGUAGCUUUGGUUUCAGUGUGCGUGAUUGAAUUUUGUGCUUCUGGUUUGGCGUUAACGACGUCGUUUGUAUAUAUGAUUUGCUUACCUUUCGUAAGUGCAGCUGGUAAUUUUUUAUCAGCACUUUUUCAAUAAUGAAUCACACAUUUCACACUA